AUGAAUAAUGGGUCGUUUAAAGAAACAAACAUUUGCAGAAAGGAAAAACAAAAGGGAGAAAUUCCAGCGCCUCGAUUUGGACACACGGCUACCUACCUAGGAAACAACAAAGUGGCAGUAUUUGGUGGGGCGAUAGGCGACGCAGGGAAGUAUAACAUAACAGAUGACAUCUACAUAUAUGAUUUAUCUCAAAACAAAUGGAAAAAAAUAGUAACGGAAAACACCCCAUCGGCGAGGGCGGCACAUGCAGCUGCUUGUGUUGAUGAGCAGCAGUUAGUUAUAUAUGGGGGUGCAACAGGAGGAGGGUCCCUUUCCUUGGACGAUUUGUACAUACUAGAUUUACGAAAGGAACAACGAUAUUCUUGGAUGACGGUACCUACCAAAGGAGUAACCCCAGGGAGAAGAUAUGGACAUGUAAUGGUAUUUAAUAAACCCAAUUUAAUUGUAAUUGGUGGGAAUAAUGGUCAGCAUACGUUAAAUGAUGUUUGGUUUAUGCAUGUAGAACUUCCUCCAUUUGAAUGGGUUCAAGUAAUUAUUUCCAAUAAUUGCAAGGCCCCCCCUCCAAGAGUGUACCACUCAGCUGACAUGUGCAAAGAAGGACCUGCGACAGGGAUGAUUGUUAUAUUUGGUGGAAGGAGUGCAGAAAAUAAAUCGUUGGAUGACACAUGGGGGUUGAGACAGCACAGAGAUGGAAGGUGGGAUUGGGUGGAAGCUCCCAUAAAAAAGGGAGUACCUCCUGAAGCGCGUUAUCAACAUACUGCCGUUUUUAUAGGCUCCAAAAUGUUUAUUUUAGGGGGUCGAAAUGAUAACGGGUGUGCCAUCCCUUUGUCCACAGCGCUUUACAAUACGGAGACAAUUGAGUGGGUAACCUUGCCAGCCAUUUCGAAAUUUAGACACACCUCGUGGAUGCACAAGCACACGAUAUACACCUUUGGUGGGUUCACUCACCAGACGCAGCAAUUCCCAACGAACGAGUUGGAAUGCCUGGACUGUUGCAUCCUGGUGAAUGCGACCACCGGUUUGGAUUCGGAUAAGAGGAAGUCCCUAAAGCAGUCUUCCCUGAAGCAGAAGCAUCUAGGCAGCGAAAUGCGAAGCGUCAGUUCGUUCAACCUGAACAGCCAAGACGUUAUCAACCCGCAUCAGCCUAGUGCACUCGCAAGCAGCCAAUACGCAGGGUCCAAACAAAUAUACGAAAUGAAGAAUAGCGCCAUCGCAGGGAAUGUACAAAGCGCACAUGAUGCUCAGAAUGCACAGGACGCACAAAACGCACAAAACGCACCGCAGAGGAACAUGUUCGACUCGCCAAGCUCGUCGCUCUUCCGGCUGUCUAGUAGACCCAUGUCGAAUAAAAUAAGGCUAGCGGCACAUGCACACGCAGUGCAAGAAACGGGGAGCGAUUUCGCAUUGUUGGUUAGAAAAAUAUCGAUUGACAAAUUAGAAGAAGAAGGAAGAAAAAUAAAUAACGGCGUCUUAUGCACACCAGUUAACUACAUUAGUGAAUUUAAAAACACAGUAUAUGAUAAAAUCAUUACGACGUUGCUCAAUCCAAAUAUAACCCAAUUCGAAAUUCAGUACCAUCAUAAUGCAGAGACGAUUUUUAUAAUUCCCUGGGCUAACAUCUCCAUCCUAUGUUCCAUUGUAAUGGAAAUUUUCAAGCAAGAAGAUAUGAUAUUAAAAUUAAGAGCACCCUUAAAAAUAUAUGGAGAUAUACAUGGGCAGUAUUAUGACCUCAUGAGAUUAUUUCAGUUGUAUAAAUGUCCAGUAGAAGAAGACUUAGGUGAGAAAUUAAAUGCUAUUGGUGAUAUCGAUUCAAAUGAUUAUUUAUUUUUAGGUGAUUAUGUGGACAGAGGUUCCAACAGCUUAGAAGUCAUUUGCUUACUUUUCGCCUUAAAAUGUAAAUAUCCCAAGCAGAUCCAUUUGAUAAGGGGGAAUCACGAAGAUAUGGCCAUUAACAGUUUGUAUGGAUUUCAGGAGGAAUGUAAAAGGAGGUUAAAGGAAGACAUAAGUGAUAAGUCUUCCUGCUGGGUUCAAAUAAAUCAAGUUUUUGAGUGGCUACCUAUAGGGGCUAUUGUAGAGGAGAAGAUUUUAUGUGUUCAUGGAGGGAUAGGGAAAACUAUUAAUACCAUUUCGGACAUAUCUCAAUUGAGGAGACCAUUGGUUGUUUCUCAAGUUCCACAAAAUUUGAAUGAACAGAAGGUUACCGAUUUGCUUUGGUCUGAUCCUACGGACAAUGAUUCCAUUUUGGGAACCAUCCCGAAUGAUAUAAGAGACCCUGAUGGUACUGGUCAUAUUGUUAAGUAUGGGCCUGACCGGGUUCACAAAUUUUUAGAGGACAACGAUCUGCAGUUGAUUAUACGAGCCCAUGAAUGUGUCAUGGAUGGGUUUGAGAGAUUCGCGGGGGGUAAACUGAUAACCCUUUUUUCGGCUACCAAUUAUUGUAACUCGCACAAGAACGCGGGGGCGUUGCUCUUCAUCCGUAGGGACCUCACCGUCAUUCCGAAACUGAUAUACCCGGCCAAGGACGAAAUUCGCUUCUUCAACACGUGGGACACCAAAAUGACCGAGCUGAGACCUCCGACACCACCAAGAAAUCAACCCAAGAUGAGGGAACUGAACUUUGGAGCCCCGUAG